CAGAUGCAGGUCAGCAGCCAAAGUUAACCGUUGACUCUAGUUUUAAGACUCAUCAAUAUUUAUUGUUUUACGGCAUGAAGUGAGCAGUUAACCCGGUUCGAAAGCCUUAUAAAUGUUGUUUUAUUCCCCCGUGUUAAAGUCAGCAGGCUCCUCUGAAGGAAGGCGGCUCUUUUAGAGGAUUAUUUGACGUGUUUCCUCUCUGAUGUCUCGGACCCAGAGCUGCUAACCAACCAGCUGAUCAGAGUAAACAGCUGCUGACAGGAGACUGUGGGGUCUGUGUGAGACAGAGACAGAGACAGAGAGAGAGACUGCCAUGCCCAAGCCUGGAUGACCUGAGGGACUCACUGAGAACAGGUGAAACUCUAACCCUCCUCUUUACUCACAGGUGGACUCGGUACCGGGUCCAUUCUGGGUUCGGAAACCUCUCUGUGUAGCCGAGCUAAUGCUAGUUAGCUUCGUCCGGAUGCUGUCGUUGGGUAAAACGGGGUCAGUGUUUGUAGCUUCGAGGCUAAAUGUAAAACUUCCGAUCCUCGUUUUAGAGACAACACCGACAACAGAAGAGGUUAUAGAGCAUGAAAAGAGUCAAAAUGGACGUAAAUCUCCCCUGGAACAUUAAAAGAGUUAAAAUGGUCGUAAAUCUGUCCUGGAACAUGUGAUGUGUGAUUUUUAAACCGCUAAAGCCAAACCAGCUAAUCCCCAAAAACAGACCUGAUCUAACCCAGCAAAGCCCACCUAGAAAAGAGAGAUAUAUCUGAAUAAACACACUGUCAUAGUGCGAUUAAAGACUGUAUAAUAUACUAUUGAUAUUGCUGUAUUAAAGCACCAGUCAGUGGCUUUAUAAAGAUCUGAUCUAUUGUUAAUAAAUGAUGUCAAAGAAGUGUUUAGAGGAGGCGAUGCUGAUUAUGUCCCUGUUUAUCGUGAUUAAAUACUGAACUUUAAGAUUACUUACACUGUUAUUGUCUUAAAUACCUGAUGAAUUCAGUCACUAGCUGAUUUGAGCCUGUUAUAGCCACAGACUCUAUCCACUCGUUCAAUCAAUCCCUCUGUUUUACUAACACACACCUGCUUCCUCCUCUCUCUGCUCUCUUCUCCUCACCUCUGUAACUUAAAGGGAUAUUCCAGCGUAAAAUUUAUUCAGGGUCAAACACACCAUAACACCGAGUUAGACACCCCCAUCAGCUUGCUUCUCUAGUUAUACCAACUUUAGUAACGACCGCAGGAUAGAAAUACAGAGAGCCACGCCCUCAACCAAAACGCCACUCUAUAGCCACAAAUAAUGCUCAGAACAGCAACUAACUUCAUCAACAGGACAUAUAGGGUCACAGACAUAGUACUAGACACCAAACAUCUUUUUAACUUUGACUCAUUUCUUUAGCAAAGAGACUAAACACAAUUCGUCUACUCUCUUCCGGCAGCCGCUUGUUUGUGGGGGAGUCCUGACGAGUCAAUCACCGAGUGCAGUGGGUCAUUUCCAUGAAGUAAUGAUCAUAAAUGUUCUUCCUUGAGCUGCGUCACCCCGCUGCAGUCUGCAAUGGACGCGCCCGAGGUCUCUGUACAAACAAGCGGCUGCUGGAAGAGAGUAGGUGAGACCUCAGGCCAGUCCAUUACGGACUACAGCGGGGUGCCGCAGCUCAAGGAAGAACAUUUAUGAUAAUUUCUUUAUCAUUUCCUCGAAGUCAUAAUCACCAUGCUGUUGUCAGAAUGUGGUUUUGGAUCAUAUGAAGGUCUUUGUCUGGAUGGGCGUAGAUGUUCCUUCUAAUCCUGGAGAUAUUGUUUAAAACUGAGGAUGCAGCAUCUAUGAUUUCCAGUUCUACGUUGAAAGGACAAUUUUGGUGUAGGGCCAUUCAGUAACAGAACCUCAUUGGAAAAUUAGCUGAUUUAACUCUACUGUGCUCUUGUUCAAAUAUAUCAACUCAACAGCACAUAAAUCCAUAUCUGUUGACAAAAUCAUCAUUAAUUUGAUAAUUCGGCUUAAUAAAAACAGCUUUACCUUUUCAUUUUACUAGUAGACUCAUAGACUACAGAGGUGGAGAAAACGCCCCCGCUUAAGUUUAUGUUUUCUUAGGAGUUAGAACAACUCUGAAUAUAGUACUAUGUCUGUGACCCUAUAUGUCCUGUUGAUGAAGUUAGGUGCUGUUCUGAGCAUUAUUUGUGGCUAUAGAGUGGCGUUUUGGUUGAGCGUGUGUCUCUCUGUAUUACUAUCCUGCGGUCGUUACUAAAGUUGGUAUAACUAGAGAAGCAAGCGGUCGACAACAUUCAUCUCUGGAGGGGGGGGUCUAACUCGGUGUUACAGUGUGUUUGACCAUAAAUUAAUUUUACGCUGGAAUAUCCCUUUAAUACUGAGGUCACUACUACUGAACUUUAAGAUUACUUACACUGUUAUUGUCUUAAAUACCUGAUGAAUUCGGUCAUUAGCUGAUUAGAGCCUGUCAUAGCCACAGACUCUAUCCUCUCGCUCGAUCUAUCCCUCUGUUUUACUAACACACACCUGCCUCCUCCUCUCUCCUCCUCCUCUCUGCUCUCCUCUGUAGCUUCAACUAAAUGUUAGGAGAUAUUUUAAUCAGAAAUGAGAGAAGUCGACUUGAUUAGAUUAGAUUUUUUUUGCAGUGUAGGCCUCAUCCGGUCAGCUGGCUGUCAUGGGGUAGAGUUUUUGGUGUUUUUGUCACUCAGCAAAUGAUUCAGUGUAGAUUCUGAAUAACCAUAUCAGGUACGUUGGCUGAAUUUUAGUGUAAUAGAUGAGUUAAAAGACCCUCACAGGUUAAGUUACCCUUUUUAAAACUCAUACUUCAUCAAUGACCAGAGGAAUAUAAAAUCUCAGGUUUUUUAAAUGAAGUUUGGUUUGACUUUUCUUCCCUCAGAGAGCAGCUGUUGGAGUCCACACCCUGACACAGAUUCAUCCUGACAGCUUGACUGACAGUGAUUUGAAACUCUCUUGGAGACGUUGAGUAUUUAGGAAUAUAUUUUAAAAAAAAUCCUCAUUAUCGUCUGAGCCGGUCUUCACAUGGGGGUCAGGAGAUUCUGGUUUUAUUACAGUCCAGCACCGUGCCUGUUUAGAUCAUACUGACCUUUAGAGGUCAGGGGUUUAUCUCUGCGCCUCGAUUGGUCGCAGUAAUGUAGGAAAGGUCUGGAGGUACAGUGUGUGUGUGUGUGUGUGUGUGUGUAUCAGGCUGUGUCAUGUGUGCAGCCCCGAGGAGAACUAUGUGAUGGUCACGUUCAGGCUGUGAAACCUCUUUGUGAGGGUUUGAGCUCCUUCAGCUCCUCAGAGAAAAGCUGGAAAAACGACCUCUUUUGUUUGGCGUCCUUUCUGCUCGGUGAAGUUUCUCUCUUAUUUGACCUUUCUCAUUCAUGAUCUGAGAUGUUUAGUGACUCGGUGACCUGUCAUCGACCUGUGUCAGUCCUCUUAUGUUGUUCCUGGAUUUUUACACUUGUUGUCUGACAUUAGUCAAAGCAGUCCUGCAGAGCUGGAUCAUUUUGACAGAGUCAGAGACCUUUUUGUUUCAAAGCGGAAACAUCUCUAACAGCUCUCUCCUCAAAGUCAUCUCAGUCUUUUUACUCGUUUCAGCAGAAGUCGGCGGUCUUCUUCUGCCUCAUCUGUUUGUUUUUCUGUAGAAAAUAUGCUGCAGACAGACAACCUCUUAAAAAGGACCGAGUCUGUUAAAAAAAAACACUUGUAUAGUCAUUUGUUUUGAGGUCUGGUUGGUUUGGACAUGCUCUUUCGCUACCGGAUCCGUCCCUGAAACCUGAUUUGUACUGUGCAUGUGUGACACGUACGUCACUUCCUCUCUUGACAUUUUAAUGUAUUUUACAGCAGUGAGUCGCUACCUACCCGAUCCGUACUGCUCAAGUACAAAUUUACUUCACCUUAAAAACUUUAUUUAAAUUACCGAUUGAUUCAGAAACAAGCUGGCGAUGUGACAGGCUAGCUGGCAGGAGGCUCCAGAGCUAAUGCGAGGUAUUCUCCAGAGCUCCUGCCCAGCACAGUGAGACCUUUUGGGCCACAGAGAGCGCCACCACCUGGCCAAAAUUAUGGUUCUCUGGUUUUUCAAAGUAUCAAGGAGGGAUUUAUUUAUUUCAAUCAUGUAUUUUAUAAAUUAAAUUUAUAAACAAGAAGCCGACACAUUAUGGACAAGGAAUAUUUUUAUACAGCGUUUCAAUUUUAACACUGAAAUAUUCACAGUCAUUCAAGCCUUUUAGAACUACGUUACAAUUUUACAGUUUAGCUAGAGUAGGAACCUUUAAUCGUGAAACUGGGCGCCAUUCUCUUGACUUUGCGGCGCUCUGCUUCAGUCGAGAGAAGAACUCAGUUCAGGAGAAAAGCGCGUGGCUGUUAUAAACUGAAGCAUCGAUAAACUGAAGCAUCCUUUCUGUCUGUAGCGAGCUCGCUGAUGCCGAAGCUGUUGCAAACCGUGAGGGACAAAGAACUGUUGAGCUGUUGCAAAGAUGGCUAAUAGAGGAAGUGACAUACAUUUCGCACAUAUGCAGUACAAAUCGGGUUUCUGGGACCUUGUGAGCUCUAGCUUCUAACUGGACCUUCACAGGUCAGCUGAUCACAGCCUCUGAUUGGUCAGUGGACCAUAACAAAGACGACAGCCUCCAUCUGCCAUAAAAACAGUCAGAGCCACUUUUGUAUCUGAGUAUUACACGCAAAGUGUGUUCUUUUUUUUUAUCUUGUAGUACCCUUGUUGGUCCAGCAGGUGGCAUGUGUGCGAUGGGAUGACUGUUGUCGUCGUCAUUGUUCUUUGUGUUUAAGUUACUGUUUGUUUACGAGUAGAUGUAAAUCCACAGGGCUGUUUUUGUGGAUCUAUUCACCGAGUAAACAAAGUUUUCAUAUGUUUAUCCAUGUCGUUGUCCCAGCUGUAGCUCUGGUUAAAGACGAGAGCCAUCAUGCUGUCAGGCGCCACUACCUGGAUGUAAACAAGCACAGAUGAUAGCUGAUAGAAAAAGCUCGUAGUGUGGUGUGGUCUCUCGUGAAAAUGAAGAUAAAGUUGUGUAAAGGCUGUGUGGAGGUAAACUGUUGCUCAUGGACUCUUCAGCCUCUAACUUUUCACUGUUUAAAAAUAUAUCAGAUAUAUUUUGGGUAAAUGAAUGAACCAGGUGAUCAACAGUAAAAUCACCCAAUUUGAUCCCUUCUGAACAGGGUCAAUCACCCUGACUGUAAAAAUCAUAUUUAUAUAGUGUCAUGUCUCUGCAUUCAAAACAUGUGGUUAUAAUGGGAGUCAAUGGGGCAAAAACAGCCACUAAUACCGCUAAAGAAGGUUUUUGAAAAUCAGUCGCUGCACGAAAACUGAAUAUGCAUUAAAACCAAUUAUGUUACUAAUCUUUGACGUAUCCAAGACUGUGAUAGCAGGUACAAAAAUUUCUCUGUCCAAGAACUUUUUAUAAUGAAAAUAGCUCAUUUUCAGUGACUGUCUUUUCUAAAUUGGCAUCUAAAGGGUCAAAAUUUUAAUAUUUAAAAAAUAAUUAGUAGUUUUGAUCAAGACUGAGGUUGAUUAACAGAUUUAUGCAAAAAAAAAAGAAAAACAAAUUCAUCAGAUAUUUAUUUUUACAGCAAAGUUAGUGACUGACAACAGCCGCUAAUACCACUAAAGGGUUGUAAAUUUGCCGACAGUGUACUUUUGACUUUCUGAAGAUUUUGAAAUAAUAUUUUCAAAUUAAAUGCAAAAUUAAGGUUUGUCAGCAAAAAUCAUGUCAUUUGCUUCAAUACAGUGACAGUUAUGGUCAAAUUAAGAGUAAAAAGUGACUCUUAGUGGACGAUUCUGUCACCAAUACUGCAUAAGGGUUAAUGUCUUAGUGCACAAAGCAUCCUCUGGGGGACAUGAAACUCCUCCAGUUUUUGACCUCAUGAGUUUGAAUCUGAGCUCAGUGGUCUCAGUCAGAAUCAGUGUUUCUCAGACGCUUUUUAAACUCAGGGUGUUUUCUGCACAGACUGGAGCAGCAAAGGUCAGGACCUGGAUCUGAACUGUGGCGACAUCGUAAGCACCUUAUCAUGAGGAAGUCAGGGGUCGGUUUGUGAGGUUGGUCUUUCCUAAAAAUCCAUCUAUUGAUGGUCUCAGUCUGCCUCCUGGGGAUGUCCGACCUUUAAUCAGCUCUGUCGUCUGCUGGAGCGUGUGUCCUCCUCACACACUCCUGCUGCCUCGAGCUGAGACGUCAGCUGAGAGGCGAGAGCAAACCGGGGGACGGAAAUUCCUCUAGACCACUGAAUACCCUGUUAGCAUCAAGUUUAAGGGUCACGAGGACCACCAGGGUCACAUGACUCAUUCCUUGGUUUCCUCCCUGCUGAGCGGUCUGACAGGAGGCCUCCUGGGCGGGGAGUGUGUCUGUGCUCUGAGGGUCUGUUUUCCAGUCUGUACUGGAGCUGAGGGAAGAUGAAGCUGGUCUCUGAGCACAGAGAUGAGGUGAGUUUUAAACCUGUUGUUGAGGGAUCUGGAUUUGGGUUCAGGACGGUGGACUGAUCAGAGAGCAGAUAUGGGGGAAAAGUUUGAAGCUGCUUUUGGACUCAACAACAGAUGAGAGUUUGUGUCUUUCUUGUGUGGUGAUCCAGAGGAGCUCAGAUGGACGAAACGUGUCCCUCUGCUACACAGCUUCUCUUCUUGGUGCUGUUACAGGAUUACAGAAAAACUCCAGGACUGAUUUUCUGAGAAGUCGGUAAAAACAUGAAGGUAUGAAACAAACGACACCUGAGAGAGUUUUUAAUCCAAACUGCUCCUGUGAAUGAUCGGCUGCUGAGAGUUAGAAAACAGUCUGUGAGUCUGUGAGAAGUAAGAAGACGAGAUGAGAGAGCAGGUCAGUGUUUGACAGGAGGAGCGUCGUUUAGUGGCUGAUGAUUGUGAAGGAUCUGAUAAUGAUGAUAGUGAUGAUAAUGCUGGUAAUGGUUACAAUGUUGAUAUUCCUGAUAAUACAGAUAACUCUAAUAACAGAGUGCAGAUAAUGUUGAUGAUGCUGGUAAUGUUGAUAAUGAUGAUAAUAGUUACAACGUUGAUAUCCCUAAUUAUACAGAUAACUCUAAUAACUGAAUGUGGAUAAUGCCGAUAAUAUUGAUAAUGUUGACAAUGUUCAGAAUGUUAAUUUCCCUGAUAAUACUUAUUCUUAUAACUGAAUGUAGAUAAUGUUGAUAAUGCCUUUAACGUUGAUAACCCUGAUAAUGCUGACAACACUAAUAAUGUUGAUAACAUUGGUAACCCUGGUAAUGCUUAUAACCCUUAUAAAGCUGAUAACCCUGAUGAUGUAGAUAAUGAAUAAAAAUUGCCAAUAAUGUUGAUAACAUUGAUAAUGCUGAUAAUGACAAAAGACUCAGAAUGCUCAUCAUGCUGAUAGUGGCAUUAAAAUAAAAUUGAUAAUGCUGAUAAUACUGAAAAAGCUGAUAAUAUUGAUAACACUGGUAAUGCAGACAACACUAAUAAUGGUGAUAAUGUUGGUAACAUUGGUAAUGCUUAUAACCCUGAUAAUAUUGAUCACCCUGAUGAUGUUGAUAAUGAAUAAAAAAUGCCGAUAACAUUGAUAAUGCUGAUAAUGUUGAUAAAGUUAUCAACACUGAUUAUCCUGUAAACACUGAUAAUGCAGUUAAUGCUGAAAGUGAUACGAAUGCUGUAAUGCUUAUAACGUUGAUAAUGCUGAUAAUGCUGAUAAUGAUAAAAGACUCAGAAUAGUGAUCAUGCUGAUAGUGACAAUGAUACAGCAGAUAAUGUUGAUGAUGCUGAUUACUCUGAUAACAACAAUAAUGCUUUGAUGCUGAUAAUGUCUAAUGUUGAUAACACUGGUAAAACCAAUAAUGCUGUAAAGCUGAUAAUGCUGAUCAUGUUGAUAAUGCUGAUAACCCUGAUAAUGCAGAUAAUGUUAAAAAAACAAUGAUAUCACCAAUAUUGCUGUAGUGCUGACAAUCCUGAUAAUGUCGAUAAUGCCGAUAACUCUGACAACAACAAUAAUAAUGCAGAUAAUGUUGAUAAAGCUAAUAAUGCUGAUAAUGUGGAUAGUUUGUCCGAUAACACCAAUAUUGCUGUAAUGCAGAUAAGGUGGAUAACACUGAUUACACCUAUAAUACUGAUAAUGCAGAUAAUGUCGUUAAAGCUGAUAAUGCUGAUAAUGUUGAUAAUGCUUAUAAUAUGGAUAACUCUGAUAAUGCAGAUAAUGCUGAUAACACUGAUAAUGCAGAUAAUGCUGAGGAGCCUCAGGAGCUAGGAGACCCCAGCCUCUCUUAAAGGGGACCACCGUCCCGUCCUGCGAUCCGUGCCAAUCACUGCAAAGUAACAUGAACUCAGAGCCGUGGUGGUAAAAGUCAGGAGACAGGUUUUUGUGGCCUUCCUCACCCUGUCAGGAUUCUCAAUCGCACACUCACCCGUUCACUCUCCAUGACCUAAAGUGAUGAGGACCUCCACACUUGGUUCUGACCGACCCAACAGAAAACAGGACAAAUGGAACUUCUUCUUCUUCUUCUAACUAAUAUAGGAGAGUUUUCCAGCAUACCAUCAUCAAUCUCAGCUGAUGAUCCAAACAAAGUGGUUAAUAUUGUUAUCAAUAAUUUUAUUCAGCUUGUUUUUGGUCUUUUUAUUUGCUGGAUUAAUCCAAGAACACAGAGGACUCUGAAGGUCUGUGUUUUGGACUUUGUUUCCCUCUUCUCAAACAUGAAUAAUGGGCCAUAACUCGAUUUCUCUCAAAUAUCAGGCAUCUCCACAUGCUUUGGAUUGGAGACACAGCGUUCCCGGUUAUGAUUCAUCUCUUAGUUUUGUUUGUAGUUUGAACGCUCAUGUUCGAGGCUCAGAUCUAAGUCUGUGAACUUGUUUGUCUCUCUGCAGGAUCCAGACCUGCAGCUCCUUAUGGCUGUGUAUGAUGAGAACAUCCUGAAGAACCCUUUCUACGUGGCCUUAGAGAAGCAGAGACCGGACCUCUGCAGCCGAGUGGCAGAGCUCCACGGCAUCGUGAGUCCCAGCAGUAAAAACUCAGACCAAAUCCUGAUGUUGACUCGCUUUUUAGGAGACAGAGAGUUCUGCGUUCAGCCUCUCAGCCCACUCUCCACCUUCAGGUCUAAACAAAAUCAGAGUUUGGUUUUCUCGAUCAGCGCAGUAAGAUGAAACUUUUCUAGAAAAAAAAACGUCCUCUGAGUGAAUCGACAAAUAUCAAAUAGCCUAAAUGUCUCCUAAACGCCCGCAAAUUCAUGUUUUAGCUCCUGGAGACGCCUGAAACCUGAGCAGACGGGGAUCAGAUGUUUGAAUGGAGACCAGCAGCAGAUCUGUCAAAACAUCGGCAGAAUGCAGGAAAAUGCGUCUAACUGGAUUAUAGCGUCUAACAGGCGUUACACAGCAGACUGCUGACCUGGAAAAUCACUUACACAACACAGUACAGAAGAAGACAGGCUACAGGCUCAGAGGAUCGUCAUGAGACACUUCCUGGUUUCAUAUUCGACCUUAGUAUCAGGUCAUUAAAUCCUCGUAAAAACACGUCCUCUUUUCACAGAAUCAGGAGGAACGUUUGAGUUUUGUGCCCAUGAUGAUCAGCUGGAUGAUGACAGGCUGACAUGUAAAUGUUCUUUAUUCAUACAACCCUUUAUAAGAACCCUUUAUAAGUGCUUUACAGUAGGAAAUAAAAAUUAAUAGAUAAAUACAAUGAAAUAAAAUAAAGAGUCACCACGCUACUGGGUAUUAAGUCUCAUUUCCAGACUGAAAGACUCGGUCACCCCAGUGUUUGUGUUUUGACCUGGGCACCUCUGGGAGAAGUUAGUUUGACGACCUCAGAGCUCCCGAACGGUUAAAAGCUCAGUUAAAUAGAUGAGGACGAGGACAUUAAGAGCUUUAAAAACGAACUUUAAAAGUCUAAAAUCAAUCCUAAAAGAGACGAGAAGACGAUGAAGGGAGUGAAGGACAGGAGUGAUGAGCUCACGUCUGUUAGUGUCGGUUAAAAUCGUGCCCUGAGUUCGUCCUCAUCAGGAGAAGACAGUUUGGUCUGAAAUGUCUGUUUGAAUCCCAGCUGAGUGUUGAAUCGGUCAAAGUUAAAGUUCUGUGUGACCCACUCCUGCAGGUUCUGGUUCCUUGUUGUGGGAGUCUGAACGUCAGCAGCUACGCCGACUCUCAGUUCGACAGCUAUGUGCUGCACCCGGCGGAGGAGGGAUACCAGACUGCAGAUGGAAAGGUUCGUGUUUUCUCACAGAGAGCGUCACCUCACCAACAAACAGCUUUAAGUGACAAACGUUUGUUCAUUUCCUGAAACUCAAAGACCUAAUGCCUCUGCAGGAACAGGUUUUUCUUAAUAAACAAACAGUUUCUGCGUCUUAUCAGCCGUCAACGAGUCCAAAAACAAGAUUUUUUUCCUGAGUCACAUGAAAGUGUUUGUUUUAAAGAUUUCCAAUCCUCCAGUUUUUGUGGUUCUUCUGUUUACAACAUGAGGCCAAGUUAGUUUAUUCCACUCACCGGUUUACUGACUGCUACCUGAUGAGGUGGUAAGUUGACGCACCCUGUUGGAAAAGUCCAGGGGCCUCAUUUAUCAACCGUGCGUACGAACAUUCCCACGCAAAAUCUGAAAUUGAUCGACCUGGACUUGUUCUUAGGAACGUGAGUAAAUGUAAGCCCAACUCUGAGCAGGCUUACACACAAACCCUAGUGGUAGAACAGUGAAACUACAUGUAGAACCAUUAAAGGAGUCACUGAGUACAGCAAUCUCAGACUUCACACGUUAUCUGUUCCCUCUGUACAUAACUGAUCAAUUAGUUAUUGAUUGAAUCAGCUGUGACAGGACAACCUCAGAAGAAGUCUGACAAGUACAAAAACAAAAACAAGUAUCACAGCUUAUUUUAAACUAUCGGAGGACUUGGAGAACCGCGUUUCCAGAGAGCGUGCUGAUCUGUUCGGUGAGAACACAGCAGUGUUGUUUUCGUCAGGCAGGACGAAAACUUAAAUGACGACGUCAGACCCCUUUUUUCCUUGACGAAAAUGAGACUAAGACGAACGUCACCAAAGCUCUGUAAAGACUAAAAUGUGACGAAAAUUGUAUUCAUUUUCGUCAGACGAGAACGAGACGAGACUAAAUUGUUAUUAGGUGGACGAACAAAGUUUCAAAACAUGCUUUUUUUUUGUCCUAACAGUCACGCCCCCAUCACACACGCACCAAAAGCCUCGCUCGCGCACAGCUGCGCGCACACACUCAUACACAUACACAGAGCGGCAGGUGGACGAGGCGCGCGCACACACACACCGUGGCGGCAGGCACAGCAGCGGUGGCCAAAAAAAGAGGGAUGAUUUUUGGUCCUACUUCAGAUACAGUUCAAGUGACAAUAAAACACAAUGUCUUGUACGGGGAGACGAGACAGACGACAGUUGUGGAGCCACAGCUUCCUCAUGCUGCGGCUUCAAACUGUCGGGAAAGAACACAACGAACCUCAAAAGGCACCUUUUUGUUGACUAAAACUAGACGAAAACCUUUUGAGUUUUCGUCGGACUAAAACUAGACGAAAACUAUCAAGGAUAGAAAUGACUAAAAUGGGACUAAAACGAAGAAGCAUUUCGUCAAAAUGACUAAGACUAAAACUAAAUCUGAAAUGCCUGCCAAAAACAACACUGAUCCAGCUCCUGUCCACCCUAACCCCAACAUUUCAGCCUGAGAUCGGAGACAUAGACGACAUUUCACAGACAACGCUAAACAGAAUCAUGUCGGCAGAGUUGAUCAAUAAUUUCUCUGGGAUUGUUGAUACCAUAUAUGGUCAAUUGGAGGCGUUUCUGAAUGUAAAUGACCCUAACCAUGAACGAGCACGGUAGGAAAGAACAGGUGGGAUUUAUCAUCACCGAUUACUUGCGUGUGUUCGUACGACCGUGUCCACAGGUUUGAGAAAUACAGAUUUUUUUGUUCUUACACAAAUUUUAAAUUUCAUUCCUACGACAGAAUUUAGAACCUUUUCUACGCACAGCUGAUAAACGAGGACCCUGGACUUUUUAUGAUCCCGUGUGACCCCAUCAUGACCCCAAAAACCCAGAUUCACCAAAGUUGUUGAUUUUGUGUGUUUCAGGAGGUCAGGAUCCAGGACAGGCAGGUCCUGCUGGGAUCCGGCUUCCCUGCCCCGGUGUCGGUCCCCAUCCUGUUUGAAGAAACCUUCUACAAUGACCAGGAGCAGAGCUACAGCAUCCUGUGUAUCUCCAGGCCCGUGGAGGUGAACCCCAGCCCGGCCGAGCUCAGCCCGCCGCCCCCCUACUGCCUGAAGAGUCUGGAGGACGUCCGAGAGUUCCUGGGCCGCCACGCCCAGAAACUGGACAAGUUCAUCAUGGGCUUCUGCCUGGCCUUCAAGGAGCAGGAGAGGAAGGGGCUCAGGCAUCACAUCGUAAGACGGCUCUCUUCUUCUCUCCUUCCUUUACCGUUUCUUCAGUCUCCUUUAUUCAAUCUUAGACCUGAUCCUUUGGACCUUUAGGUAUCAGAAGUCCUGUCAGGACCUCUCUUUGAACCCGAGCAGCUAGGAGCAGUUUUCCUGUUUCCAAGAAGAGAACAUGUCUCGGUGGGUCAGGGAUGAGGUUUCCCUGCAGGACUGAUCGAUCUCUGUUCUUCUCUCCUCUCAGGACUCGGUGAACGGUCUCUACACUAAAUGUCUUCAGUGUCUGCUCAGAGACUCUCGCCUGGUGAGUAGACCUAAACCUGCAGGACCAGCUUGGACCUAAAAACUGUCGAGACAGGAGGAGUUAAAUCAAGAAAUAUCUCCUGUUCUUCGGCACUUUCUCCGCCGUUUGAAGAGAGGCACGCAUGUCUGAUUGGAUCUCAGAGGCUUUUUGAAGUUUGACCUUCAAAGUCUCUUCAAGCCCUAAAGAUCUCCUCCUCCUCCUUCUCUCUCUGGUCUGACCUGCGACCUCACAGCAUGUCGAUCAGAAACUCGAUAUGAGGAAGCCUGGCCGUCCCUCUGGAGUCUAAUCGAAUCAGAUCUAAUUGAAUCUGAGUCUGAGCUGUUUUCAGGCCUGUGUGUUCAGCCUCACCACAGACAGAGGGAGUCUGAUCGCUGCUCUCUGCACUGACUUACUGACUGACUGACUGACUGAUUGACUGACUGAUGUGAUCUGUGCAUUAGCCGCUUUGACAAACACGGAAAUGAACUCCAAUGUGAUUUUUUUUUCUCUCUCUUUUUGCAGAAACUUCUUGCCAAGCAGGAGCUGCAGAUGACUCUCCUCAAACAGGCGGUGGAGGUAACCUGCUGAUUUAAAGGGACAGUUCACGGUUGUUGUGUUUGACCAUAGACUGUAAAUACUACGGACAACUUGGCUCCGCCUCCCGCCAGUAUACGGAUUUGAAGCCUAAAAGUUCUCGGUAUUUCCGCGUUUUUUCUCCAUUUCCUUAAACCAACAUUGCGCAGUAACGUUGUACGCAUUCGGCAGCAGAGUCACUGUGAUGACAGCGUAUCCCCCGAGUGAGCUACGAUAUCUCUGUCCUCCCAUAGGCUGUAUCAGGUGUCAAUCAAAGAAAACAUGAACCCCCUAAUAACUUUUAAAAAUGGAGCUGUACAGAAAAAAGAGGACUUGAGCACAAACCAGUCUGACAGUAACUACAUGUCAACAUCACAACCAGGGGGGAGAAACAUUUAUAUUCUGUGUCAUUCAUUUAUAAAGUUUGUCCACAGCUCCAUAAGGAGGCGGGGUUUAUGACCUAUACUGCAGCCAGUCACCAGAGGGCGCUGUUUUUCGCGGUGGCUUCAUUCAACGAGGAGGCAGACGGCGUCCGUUCUAUAAACAGUCUAUGUGUUUGACUUUAAAGGUCCGUUUUAACGUCGCUUUAAACGGUCUCCACAUUUCGGUGUCCUGAAGUCUUUUUUUUGUCUCUUCUCACCUCAGAUGUAUGUUCAUCAUGGUAUCCAUGACUUAAUUUUUAACUUUGUGGGAACGCUUGAAGCCAGCCAGGUGAGUCCGCCACAGAGAACAGAGAGCUCAGCAGCAGCAUGUUCGCUUUUCUCUCCAGAUGACGGUCAGACAUAUUUCUGCCUCAGUCUUAAAUCAGCUUUAAAAGUCUUUUAUGAAAACUCAGUAAGUUAAAGAUUUAGUUCAAAUCUCUGACGUUGAUCGUCUUCAGUGAUCAGCUGAUCUCGUGUCCGUUCUCUGCAGGAUGCCGCCUUCAACAAAAUCAGCCGGAGUCUGCAGGAGCUGCAGCAGAAGGAUCUGGGAGUCAAACCCGAGUUCAGGUAAACCGAAGUGACUGCAAAACCACGCCUUAAAAACCAAAAUAUAAAAACCAUAAAUACACCGCUGAAUCAAUCAAUAAUAUCAGUGAUCACCUUAUCUGUGAAGCCCCGGUAAAGACAAACGAAAACAUAUUUACAAACCCAGAGAGAUGAGAGGGGCUCAGACAGAUCGUGGUCCAAACAGUUGGAGCGAUACAACGAGAAUAAACCUGAAUGACAGUUUAGAUACAGAUUUACCUUCAAGACUCCUGGAGCAGUAAACUCCAGCAGGACGACAAAGAGCUGGAGAAGACAACGUCAUAUCAUCUGGAACAAACCACGAAGAGAGGAUGAAACUGAAAAAAUCAAGUCCGGGACAGUCGGAUCAGAGCGUCAGUGACGGUGUUGUCAGAUCAGAUCGACAGUUUCCAGCCCAAACCACAAAGCUGCCAGACACCCGUGUAAACCCGUAAAAUAAUAACACAUGCAGUAGAAAACGCUCGUAAGUAUCCAGACCUUCAUGUAGCAUCAAAUAACCACACAGAAAUGAUAAAAAGGUUUAAUUGUAACAAACACGAGCGCAGUAAAUCAACCGUAGACGACACAAACUGCAAGAUGAACCUCUGGCAUCCCAGCGCCAGGCCCAGAUUAGUAACAAUGACCGCUGCACGUUAAAAAAAGGUGCAAAACAUCAGAACACAACAUUAGAAAGCACAUAUAUGAGAGAAAUUAAGAAAAAAAAAAUAAUAAUAAUAAUAGUGAUAAUAAUAUUAAUAAUAAUAAAAAUAAUGAUAAUAAUAAUUAUAAAGUAUAUUAAGUAAAUAACAAAGACUAAAUACAUAUAUAGACAUAGGGCAAGGUGCUGUGCCGCAUUCAGUCCGGGGUUGGGGGGGGGGAUGCAGGCAUGCAGGCAUGCAGGCAUGCAGGCAUGCAGGCGGGUCUCGCGCGAGUGGGAAGGUACCCGAGGUGGUCCACAAAUUUCUUCUACUUCUUCUUCUUAUUAUUAUUAUUAUUAGUAUUAUUAUUAUUAUUGAUAUUGUUCGUGUAUUAUAAUUUUCUUUUGCUUGUCUGACAAUUGUAAUAUUUAUUUAUUUAUUUAUUUAUUUUUUCAUUAUUAUUCACAUAUAUAAUACACACGCCACACACACACACACACAAAAACACAAAUGCCAUUGUUUGUUGUAUGUCUUGUAUUGUCACACUGCACAAAUAAAAAAAAAAAAAAAGGUGCAGAAAUAAAUUUAUUUACAUCACAAAUGACCCGUAUGAGGACUAAAACAAACAAAAAUGCACAGAGCGCCUCUUCCUGCCUCUCUUUUCUCCUCCCCUCUUUUUCUCCGCCCUGCUUUGCACACCUGUGCCGCUGAAAGACGCACAUGACCUGUCCGUACAGCAUCUGAUUGAGAUUUCAAACACACGGCCACGAAAAACUAGUUUUAAAAUAAACGAGCAAAUGCUGUAAAUGGGCGACAAAUCAGUCACAGUGCAAAUUAGAGAAGGUGACAUAAAGAAUCUUCUUACCUUUUACACAGAUUCAGCGUCUUUCUAUUAACUUGAACAAUAUUGAGAACGAAAAACUCACCAAAAGCAGCUCAAAUUUUAUUCACCCGCCUAAUGAAUUUUUCCCUCGCCUGACGUAAACGAGAGCGAUCAGGAAUGAAAAAUUCAAUCAUUCGAUAAAAUUCUGGUACCUGAAACUGUUUUUUUUCUUCCCGAUGUUACAAAACCGUCAGCAGCACCAGAAAUGUUAAAAGAGACGAAAUACGGCGGGAAGUUUAGAAGCUAGCGGCGUGUUUAAGACCUUCCUGCUUCAGUCAGUCUUUUCUUUAGAUCGCUCUCAAAUGUGACAAAAACAACGCCACUGAAAAUAAAAUUAGCAGAAGAUACAAAGAUUUGUCAUGAAGAUUUAAUUCCUCGUGUAUUUUCACUCCAGCAGCUCCUCUCCUCUGUGUCCCUCCUGUCUUCUUCUCUGUCCACCGUCCUGUCCUCUCCAAAUAAAGACAAAGAUUUUAAAUCAGAGCAAAAUCAGAGACGUGAACAUGUUUGAACUUCUCUGUAAUGUUUUACGUCUGUGUUUAUUCAUCCUUCUGUGGCUCAAAUGUUGUUAUUUCUUUAAAUCUUUCAGUCUAUCUUUGAUUCGACUUUGACGCUGUUAUCUCUUUAUGUAAAACAUCGGUUUACAGAUAAUGAUUGACACCCUCAGCCGUCAGAAGGCUCCGAUGAGAGAGAAAGAAAACGUCAAAAUAAGGAUAAAAAUCCGGCUGAAAUGUUCUCAGUAUUUCCCAGAGCGUGCAGCCCGUCUCAUGGCUCUCACUAACAGAUUAAUGUCACAGUGGGCUUUAAUUGUCAGCAUGUGAUGAAGUCUGAAAUCAGAGCUUGUGAUGAGAUGUUUUUAUAAAACUCUGGAAUGGUCUCAUCGUUCUUCAGGACACUCGGAGCCUCGUCUUUGCUCCUCUCUCUGUUCCUGCGUCCUCUCUCGCUCACUGAUUCUCCAAACUGAGAACGUGUUUUUAUUUCCUGUCUCUGCAGCAUCAACUUGUCUCGGGCCAAGAGAGAGCUGAGUCAGCUCAACCAGCAGACCUCCCCCCUCCUCAAGCUGCUGUGUCUGCGCAGAGUCGCUCUGACCGCCACACAGACCCCCAGACGCACAGGUACGCCCGCCACCGUGACCGACAGUGAAGGGAGGCCGAUGGUGCAGCUACUAAAGCGGUACCUCAUACCACCAGGGGGCACCAGAGAGCUCACGCCGUAUGCAGCUUUUGGUGGACAUAAAGGAGUGAGAUUACAGAGGAUAGAACACACCUUUAGCUCCGCCCCCGCUCAGUUUUUCUAGCGUUUUCCUCCGAGCUGGAGCGUAACAGUCCUGGACUCGUUUCCGACUCACAAACUUGAACCGGUUUGUUUUCAGGUGUUCUGACCGUGCAGAGACAGACGUGAUCAAUCAGUCUGUCUUUGAAACUUUCUGCUGUCAGAUUUUCAGCUGCUGUUUCCACUGUCACAUCCUCUUUACCUCCACUCUGCCCCCUGCUGUUCAUGUGCUGUUCACCAAUGAAUGAAUGAAUGAUUUAUUUAUUUAUUUCGAUAUAAUAUGACCGAAAGGGUCUAAGCAGAAGCAAUGCUUGUAAAGACCGACCUCUAAUACCAUACAUCGAGUACAUUAUAUUAGGGCCUGACCGAUAGGGAUUUUUUGGGGCCGAUUCCGAUUAACGAUUAAUCGGCAGAUUCUUUAAAUUUUUUAUGAAGUUAUAAAAAAUAUAUAUAUAUAUAUACUGUAGAUAUCUACAUUGGUGUCUCCGUGUCUUCACUCCCGUUCCUCAUUUCCGGUCCGGUCUGAUCUGGAGACAUGCAGCUGCCUCAGUCAGAGAAGUAUCUCGAUCACUAAUGUGUACUGUUGUUUAUUCUACCGUUACUGACACGGCUAACAGUGUAGCAAGAUGUUAGCAGGUGGCUAACUCUAACUUUAGCUUCAUAUCCCAUGGUGCUUCAGCGUUAAGUGGGCGUGACCGAGACCAGCCCAGCGGGGAACAUCGUGAAGUGGGUUGAACUGAAACUUGUCGACUUAUUGUGUUUUUCACAAACUGGUUUAUUUCCCGUUGAGGCGGACCACUCUCCUCCGUGUCCCUGAGCUGCUGCUUCAGAUCCGUCACUCUGCUGUGCUGUGAGGGAGUUAGUGGAUGAAGAUCGGCAUGAGGUCGCUGUAGCGCCAUCUACAGGAGAAGUCGGGGAACUUUUCAAAUGGUGGAACAUUUUCAAAGUGAAACCGAGUCUUAUUCUCCUUAUUUCUGAAAAUAUCGGCAACAAUCGUCGAGUUAGAGUCAUGAACAUGUUUACACUUCACAUUCAUAAUCAUUCAUCAUUUUCUCUACAAUAUUGAGUAAUAACAUUUUCCUCGUAAAGUCUCUUAAAGACAUUUUCUCAUUUCUACCGGACAGUCGACUUCCAUAUUUUCACUCCUUUUACAGACUCACUAGAAUUUGAGUUUCUGAAAUAAUCCACAGCCUCUUCGGUUGUAAUUAGAGUCCCUCAGUUUAAACAGGUUCAUGUUGCGGUAAGGUUAGGUUUUUGUAUUGUGGUUUAAUCUACGAGGUCUUUAAUAAAUUUAAGGAAGUAAAAAGGGGAUGAGUUUAUUCAUGUUAAUGUUUAUUGCAGAUGACUCCUACAGCUCGCUUUUGUCAAACAAAUACUGGGUUUGUGUUUCUCCAAAUCUCAAUACAAUAAAUCAUGUACAGAGUUAUCAGGGAACAGUUUAGAGCGGCUAAAACUCUUUCUGUGAAAGUAAAUCUUUGGUUUUAUACAGAACGGCGUUAGAUUUUGAUAUUUUCUAUGUAAUAUGAUUUAUGUGUGAUUUCCAACUAAGUUUGUUAUCUACUAUGACCCCGAGGAAUUUGUUCUCAGUUAUUACCUCCAUUUCCUUAUUGUCUUUAGUUAGAUUUCUACGUUGAAUAACUUUCUUAUUUCCAAAUAUAAUACAUUCAGUUUUGCCAAGAUGGAGUGACAGUUUAUCGGUGUCAAACUGCACAUCGUGUCAUCACGCAUGCUUUUCUGUAUUCAUUAACACCAAGUGGAUCUGUGGCCUCCAUGCUUUAGGAUCUGAGGAUCUGGAGGAGCUGCAGGUGAUCGUCAGCCUGCAGCGUCUGCAACAAAACCCUGGAUCGAUAAAUACUUACAAUGUUCUCUCAAAUGUAACCCGAGAUCAUUCUCAGAGACAGAAAACCUUCUUUAGACUGUCAGAGCAGCUGAGGAGCCGUUCUGGUUCAGACCCGUUGAAAACCUGAACGAGGUCGUAUUGAGUUUUGACCCUUGACUUGGCAGCGUUGAACAGCCUGUGAGUGACUUUGUGGUUUAAACCUCUUAAACUCCUCUGGCAGGUUUUAAAAACACCAGAUUCCCUCUGAAGGACUUCUCCUUACUCUCACCUCAUCAGGGAGUCGGUGAACGGGUCACCUCUGCAGACGCUCGAACUGAUCUCCUCUGAGCGUCGUAAUCAGAUCAGCUCCUGGACAAUACCCGCUCUGUCAGACUCUAAUGUGUUUGUCCAGUUUGCUUUGGAAAUCUAAACUUAUCGUCCCACUGCGUCCCGCUGUCAGUCUGCAGAGUGGUACGAUCCGCUCCUAAUUACUGUUUGUCAAGCGGCCAAUUGAGUCGUUUGGGAGAGGGAUGUGUGUGUGUGUGUGUGUGCUUCCAGUGUUUCACCUAACUCUGUGUGUGUGUGUGUCUUUUUCUGCAGUCAGUAUAGAGGCGGUGUGUGCGGACGACCUGCUGUCUGUCAUCCUCUAUCUGCUGGUGAAGACUGAAAUCCCAAACUGGUGAGUAGGGAGGGGAUAAACUGUGACCUUUGACCUCUGUGGCCUCAGCAGAGGAAACAAAAAAAAAGCUGAUCCGUCAUUUCUGGGAACUGCGAAUUUUCCGACUGUCACUCCAGUCUGUCAUCAUUCAGCCUCCGACCGAGUCUGAGGAGUCUGACCGUACAGAGGUUCAGGAGGACCUGGUCCCGCAGUGAUCCUCUUCUUAAGGAGAGCAUGGUCUUGGUCUCCUCUUCAACACAACAUGAUGAUCAUUUUGUAAACUGUAAUGUUUAGCGGCGCUCCUGAUUGUAAAACAAGUAAUGUUUUCGGGCCCAACCCUGUCGAACCAGUCCUGCAAAGUUAAAGCAAACAGCGUGUAAAGUGAGGAUUUGUGCAAAGAGCUCAUUGUCAAACCUGAAGGGAGAUUAAGGAUUCACUAAAAUGUGACUUUUUAAGAGAUGAAUCUCCAAAACCACCUCUGCAAAGGUAAAGUAAGGAGGCCGUUAAGACAGUUUAAUGACGUGUGUACACAAAGCUGAUUUCCACAUCUGAGUGUAAAUCAAGGAUCAUUGAAAACUACUCAUGUAAACCUAAAGCAAGUGUCCUGUUCAGUAUAAAGUGUUUUUUAUUUUUGUGUGUUAAUUAUGAUUUAUUUACAGUCACCCUCCCGUCUGUUUAAACUGGUGACUUUUGUCGUUGUUUGUCCCCAGGAUGGCCAACCUGAGCUACAUCAGGAACUUCUGCUUCAGCCACUCCAGUAAAGAUGAACUCAGCUACUGCCUGAGCACCUUCGAGGCCGCAGUCGAGUACAUCAACCUGGGGAAGCUGCAGGACACACACCAUGUAAAUCACACACUUUCAACAGGGAGGGAAAUUCAAUCUUUUAAACUCCGUCUCUUACUGGUUCUGACGCUGGUCUGUGUUUUCUCCCAGGGCUCAGGUGAGCUGAACGACAAGGCCAUGUUCAAGGAGAGGAUGAGUCUGCUGUCUCAGAGCUCCGCCACGCCCAUCCACUGUCUGUUUGAGGUGAGCACAGGACUCUAAACCAUCUUUACAGACAUGGUUACAGACACGUCCAAGAGCAGGAUCUGUGAGAGCUAAAAUGAGGCCUCAUUUGGAUUAACUGUAAUCAGUGUUCACAUGAUAGAUUGGCAUGUGUGUUUGUUGUCGUUGUGUGUCUAUUAUAGCACAUCGCAAAUGGAAACGAAUCCGAGGUGGAGCGUCUGCUGAGUGAAGGAGAGAGCAACGAGGACGCCAGGAUGUGCCACCCUCUCUGCUCCUGUGACCUCUGUGACCUCCAGUUGUCCGGGUCAGCGAAGCUCAUUUGACUUUGUCAGUGCAAGGGCGAAUUCCCGACAAAAAUCACAUGAAAAAGCAGAAAAUACACAUAAAAUAACAUAAUGAAAACUCAAAAUACAAUAAAGAUCCAUAAAAUAUCAUAAUUAUACUGAAAAUACCACAUUAAAGUCUUCGAAUACAAUACCAAAAGUGUAAAAUAGCAUAAAAUACACAUUAAAUGCCAUUAUUAAGACUUAAAAUACGAUAAAAAAUACAUAAAAUAUCAUAACUCUUAAAAGACAACAAUAAAGUCUUCGAAUUCAGUGAAAAAACAUUAAAUAGUAAAAAAAACACACUAAAUGGCAUUAUAAAGACUUAAAAUACUAUAAAAAUACAGUAAAAAAAAACAUAAUAUAUCAUAAUAACUCUUAUAAUACCAUAGUAAUAGCUUAGAAUACAAUAAAAAUACAUAGAAUAGCAAUAAAUACACAUAAAAAUACCACAAUAAAGGCUUAGAAUACAAUAAAAAAACAAAACAGUAAUAAAUAUACAUAAAAAUACUAUAAUAAGUACUUAAAGUACAGUAAAAAUACGUCAUAACGACACUUAAAAUACCACAAUAAAGGCUUAGAAUACAAUUAAACAGCAAUAAAUACACAUAACAGUACUAUGAUAAAUACCAUAUGAUAAUACUUUAAAUACCAUAAUUAAUACUUAAAAGUACAAUAAAAAAAACAUAAAAUAUUAUAAUAACUCAAAAUACCCAAAACUUAAAAUACCACAAUAAAGGCUUAGAAUACUGUAAAUAAAAACAUAAAAUUGCUAUAAAUACACAUAAAAAUACCAUGAUAAAGACUUAAAAUACCAUAAUUAAUACUUAAAAAUACUUAAAAUAGCAUAGUAACACUUAAAAGACCACUAUAAAGGCUUAAAAUACAAUAAAACAGCAUUAAAUACACAUAAAAAUACGAUGAUAAAGACUUUAAAUACCAUAAUUUAUACUUUAAAAUACAAUAAAAAAACAUAAAAUAUCAUAAUAACUCUUAAAAGACCACAAUAAAGUCUUUAAAUACAAUACAAACACACAAAACACACACAAAACACCAUAAUGAGACAGUUUUGAAAAAGUUGAUUAAUAUUUCGUUCUUCUGUUUUUUUCACUCAUUGACACUCUGGACUGAGAGGCAGCUAUGGUGGGUGGUGGUGCUCAUGGGAAAUGUAGUUUUUAUCCUGAAGAAACAAACUGACUAAUCCAAAGAGAUCACCAGACUCUCCUCUCGGUGCCUUUAGACCAGCAGCAGCAGGGCCCCAAUAUCAGCUGAGGUGGAUUUAGUGUUAAAGUCCAGAGGUGUCACAGAGGCGGACUUUCUUCAUGGGGGGGGCGGUUGGUCGCAGGUUUGAAGUGACACAGAGAACAGAGCCUUUCUCUGACAGCACACACCUGUUCUUGGGUCGUUCUUGUCCGGUUUUUACUUUUUUAGAAACUUCACCGUCUCAUUUUCAUUUCCAUUCAAACUCAGUUCCCUUUUCGACUCGUGGUUUUACACCCGAGCCUUGAAUCAGGAACUGAACAUGUUUCACUUCCUGCUCAAAGACAAACAAAGGCUUUGUGUUGAUAUCUGCUGAACUCUGGGAUUACAUCAUGACUGUGAUCAGCAGGUGAAUCUGAUCCGUGACAUUCGGGACAGUCUGUACUUCCUCUUGAUGGACGUAAGAAGCUGCUGGUCUCAGGACAGGGCUCGACAGUGCGACCGUUUCACUCACAUUUAGUUUUAGGUUGGAUAUAUUUUCCUGUAAAUACGGCGGUGAAGUUAGUUUUAGGUUGGAUAUAUUUUCCUGUAAAUACGGCGGUGAAGUUAGUUUCAGGUUGGAUAUAUUUUCCUGUAAAUACGGCGGUGAAGUUAGUUUCAGGUUGGAUAUAUUUUCCUGUAAAUACGGCGGUGAAGUUAGUUUCAGGUUGGAUAUAUUUUCCUGUAAAUACGGCGGUGAAGUUAGUUUCAGGUUGGAUAUAUUUUCCUGUAAAUACCGCGGUGAAGUUAGUUUCAGGUUGGAUAUAUUUUCCUGUAAAUACGGCGGUGAAGUUAGUUUCAGGUUGGAUAUAUUUUCCUGUAAAUACCGCGGUGAAGUUAGUUUCAGGUUGGAUAUAUUUUCCUGUAAAUACGGCGGUGAAGUUAGUUUCAGGUUGGAUAUAUUCUCCUGUAAAUACGGCGGUGAAGUUAGUUUCAGGUUGGAUAUCUGACGGACAUUCUCUGAGGAUCUACCGGUGUCUUCUCACUCUCCAUAACCGGGAAUAACAACAGCAGCGCGGUUAAAUCUACUCGACACCCUCACUGUCAACGUCGGUGUUGAAUAAGGGACCGUCAAUAAAUAACUUGUUGUUCUCAAAAAAAGCUGUUUUCCUUCAAUAGGUUCCAUGUCAUUUGACCAAUUGACCUAAAAUUGAUUUUGAAUAAUAAUAAUCAUGUUGGACGAUAAGACACGCCUCUUUAUUUCCCUAAUUUGUCCUCUAAAAAAUUUUGUUUUGAAUUAAAAGGAAAAUUUUGAACAUUUUCUUCAAUAGCUUCCAUGUCACAUGACCGAAAGACGUUGUCGUUGACGUUGUAGUCGUUUUCUUCCGCUUCAUCCGGGUCCGGGUCGCGAGGGCAGCAGCUUCAGACGGCCCUCACCCCGGCCACUUCCACCAGCUCCUCCUCCGGGGGGAUUCCCAGGCGCUCCCAGACCAGGCGAGAGAUAUAAUCCCUCCACCUGGUCCUGGGCCGGCCACGAGGUCUCCUCCCGGUGGGACAUGUCUGGAACACCUCUAAUGGGAGGCGUCCAGAAGGCGUCCUAACCAGAUUCCCGAGCCACCUCAGCUGACUCCUCUGGACGUGGAGGAGCAGCGGUUCUCCUCUGAGCGCCUCCCGAGUGUCCGAGCUCCUUACCCUAUCUCUAAGGCUGAGCCCGGACACCCUGAGGAGGAAACCCAUUUCAGCCGCUUGUAUCUGCGAUCUUGUUCUUUCGGUCAUUACCCAAAGUUCAUGACCAUAGGUGAGGAUCGGCACGUAGAUCGACCGGUAAAUCCAGAGUCUCUCCUUACGGCUCAGCUCUUUCUUCACCACCACUGAUCGGUUAAGCGUCCGCAUCACUGCUGACGCGGCUCCGAUCCGCCUGUCGACCACAUGUUCAGUUUACGAAGAGGGACGUUUGUCUUUGUUUUGUGUGUUUUGAUGUUUUUCUCUCUGCUGCAGGCGGCUAAACGACCCCUCCAUCGUCACGCCGUUCUCCAGAGACGACCGCGGUUACACUCCGCUGCACGUCGCUGCCAUCUGUGGUGAGCAGCUGUAAACACACACAUACAAGGGCGCUGAAACUCUAACCUGUGUGUUUAAAACAUCUGUGUGUGUGUGUGUGUGUGUGUGUAUGUGUGUGUGUGUGUAUGUGUGUGUGUGUGUGUGUGUGUGAGGCAGGUCAGUCCCAGCUGAUCGACCUGCUGGUGUGUAAAGGAGCUCCAGUAAACGCCACGGACUACCACGCCCUCACGCCGCUGCACCUGGCCUGUCAGAGGGGAUACCAGGGCGUCACGGUGAGGACACACACACACACACACACACACACACACACACACACACACACACACACACACACACACAGAUCCACGAUUGUUGUUGCAGAUGAAAACACGGUAAAGAAAGAAAAGGUGGUGAUGAUAUAAAAUGAGAAUACGACUUUGUGUCCUCCAGCUGCUGCUGCUGCACUACAAAGCCAACACGGAGGCUCAGGACAACAACGGGAACACGCCGCUGCACCUGGCCUGCAUGUACGGACACGAGGACGUACGUCAAACUCUCACUUUGUCUUCACCGUCCAGAUCCGUCUUUAUAACGACCUCUGAGCACAGAUGUUUUCUUUGGUUCUGACUGAGAAACUGUGUUUUGUGCGUCAGUGUGUGAAGGCCUUGGUUUACUACGACCUCCAAACGUGCCGCCUGGACCUGCAGAAUGAUAAAGGUGACACGGCGCUGCACAUGGCGGCCCGCUGGGGCUACGAGGGAAUCAUCCAGGUGCUGCUGGAGAACGGAGCGAGCACGGACAUCCUGAACAAGAACAAAGACUCGCCGCUGCAGUGUGCGCUCAACUCCAAGGUCAGGAGAAGUUCCCCGGGUCUCACACGACUGAAUAUAUGUCCGAGUUUUCAGACGGGUCCAGAUCCUCAGAGGGUUUAUAAACUGAUAUAAGAAAGGCGACGGUCUGCAGACGUCACCUCCGCCUGCUGAUGCAGAGAGUUAAUCCGAUCCGGCCUGAGGGUCUGGCUCUGAAAACCUGACCUGAGAUCAGCUGACGUAGCUCUGCCCCGUCAUCCUCCUGCUGCUCUGAUCUCCUGACGUGUUUCUGUGUUUCGUCCUCCUUCAGAUCCUCAUGUUGUUGCAGUUGACUCAGAACGGACGACAGCGCAGCGGCAGUGGACUCGAUGUGAGUCUGAUCUCCUUUUCUUCAAGACCUGUGGGGUCAAAGGUCAUAGAUUCCAGACUUGAUGAACGACAAAUAAUCAUGUCCUUUAAAAAAAAAGAUUAUUCACUUAAUUUAUGCAAAAAUUAAACCUGUUUUUACUCAGUGCGUCAAGGACUCGUGUUAAAACUGCAUUUCUGCUUAUUUUAGUGUCUGCAGCUUCUGAGAAAGACCUGCUCAGAUUUAUUUAGUCUCCUCCUCCUCCUCCUCCUCUUCCUCCCCUUCCCAGUCUCCCUCUCGCUCCCCUCAGGCCUCCGACUGCAGCAGCCGCCGCUCCUCCAUCUCCAGCACCUCCUCUCUGAGCUCCGAGGUCAAACCGGAGGCUGAGCGUGUCCGACACAGAGAGGUGAGACCGCAGCAACACUGAGUCCUGUGGAAACUCAGUAAAUGAGUUUUCUCCGUGUGGGAAUAUGUCAGAGUAGAGUGUGUGUGUGUGUGUGCACUGACAGUGUGUAUAUCUGUGUGUGUGUGUGUCUGUGUGUGUUUGCAGGUGGAGAAGCUGCUGCGUGCUGUGGCAGACGGAGACGUGGAGAUGGUGAGAAUGAAGUCAUUUUUUCAGUCUUUGUAGGCCUGAUAGUUCAGAGAGGUGGGCGGUCCAACUUCUCAGUUCACCUGUGUGUGUGUGUGUGUGUGUGUGUGUGUGUGUGUGUGUGUGUGUGUGUGUGUGUGUGUGUGUGUGUGUGUGUGUGUGUUCAGGUGCGUUACCUGUUGGAGUGGAUGGAUGAGGAGGAGGAGGAUGAAGGAGAGCUGCGGUCUGAGGUUCUGCUCUGUCACCCGCUGUGUCAGUGUCCAAACUGCGCUCCCACCCAGCAGGUCUGCCGUCGCUCAGAGAUUAACUACGUUCAAUAAUCAAUAAGAUGAUUGAUCUGUUUUAACUCUGACACUGUGUGUGUGUGUGUGUGUGUGUGUGUGUGUGUCACAGCUGUGCGUCCUGCAGGCCGGGGCUCUCAGCGUAAACAGCUCCAACGUUGACGGUUUCACGCCGCUCCACGUCGCCGCCCUGCACGGCCACGCAGGACUGACCGGCCUGCUGAUUCGCCACGGAGCCAACGUCAACGCGCGCACCAACCAGAGCGCCACGCCGCUCCACCUGGCCACGCAGAACAGCCACAUCCAGGUAGGAGGGGAAGAGUCCGACCAAGGAUGAAAGGAGACAAGGAAGGAAACGAUGAAAACAAGGCUAAAAAAAGAGUGUUUAAGUCUGUAGCAGAGGGUCCGAAGUUUGGCGUCCAGGGUCCGACCAUCACCGAUUUAAAUGAUGAUGGAUAAAUAAAAUAGAACAGAAUAGAAAUUAAUUUUAUAAACUAGAACAGAACAGAAUAGAACUUAAUUUAAUGGUAUAGAAAAAGAAUAUAAUAGAAUUUCAAUAUCUAAUAAUUUAUAGUAUAGGUUAUAGUAUAAUAAUCUAUACUAUAUAUAUAUAUAUAUAUAUAUAUAUAUAUAUAUAUAUAUAUAUAAUAUGAUAUAAUUAUAGUAUGAUUUUAUAGUAUACAACAGAAUAGAAUUUAAUUUAUAGAACAGAAAAGAGUAGAACAGUAUAGAACAUGACUUUAUAGAAUAAAACAGAAUAGAACUAAAUUUAUAGAAUAGAACAGAAUUAAACAGAAUAGAAUAAAACAUAACUUUAUAGAACAGAGUAGAAUAGAACCUAAUUUUAUAAAAUAGAACAGAAUAGAAUGAACUAGAUUUUAUAGAAAAGAUCAGUAUAGAAUAGAACAGAAUAGAACCUAAUUUUAUAGAGAAGAACAGAAUAGAAUAGAACAGAACUUAAUGUUGUAGAAUAGAACAGACUAGAAUAGAACUUAUCUUUAUAGAACAGAACAGAAUAGAACUUUAUGGAAUAGAACAGAACAGAACUUAAAUUUAUAGAACAGAACUUAAUAGAACAGAACUUAAUGUUGUAGAAUAGAACAGACUAGAAUAGAAUUUAUCUUUAUAGAACAGAACAGAAUAGAAUUAUAAUAAAAUGUUCAGAACUUCUGAUCCCUCAUGAAAUGUAAGCUCGGAGCGGACUGAGACUCCUCGUUUUUUCAGGUUUCUUGAUGGAGGUGAUCGUUCACACUCUCUCCUCGCGCCGGUGAUUAAAAUAUAAUUUCACACUGCCUCAUUAUGUGGAAGUGGGUCAACCACCACCUGCAAAGCUCUCUGCAAUGAGGAAGUGUGUGUGUGUCCAUGCUGCUGGAGGUCUCACUGGUGCCACCCUGUGGUGCAAAGACAGACGUUCAGAAAAUCAAACCCUGAAACGGUCUUUGUGUGUUUUCUGCUCGUUGUUCAGGUGGUGAGGAUCCUGCUGGAGUGCAACGCCAAACUGAAUAAGAAGGAUCACUACGGCAACACACCUUUAGUCCACGCCUGUCUGUGCGGGAACGUGGAGACGGCCACCACUCUGCUACAGGUGAGACAAAAAAGAGGUGAAAGAGCCCUUUAACUUUGAGUCUGUCCACUGAAACUACGCCCGGAGGAGAGGGAGGACUCUCUGACAGAAGAGGGAAACGCUCAGUCUCAGCACGAAUCUGUUUUCGUUAAACGCUUCCUGUCCAAGACCUUUCAUUUGUGCUCUCUCCCUGCAGAGUAACGCUCUGGUCAACGUGGUGAACCUUCAGGGGAACACCGCCCUCCAUGAGGCGGUUCGAGGCGGACACCAGGCGCUGGUGGAGCUGCUGUUGAGGGGCGGAGCUUCACCCGGCAUCAGGAACAAGAGGCAGAGGACGCCCCUGGACUGCGCCUACGAGCUUGGCGGCAAGGUAGACGACGUUUCCAGUGAACUGCUUGAUCGGAUCUCUUAGUGAACUUGACUUUGUGAAAAGUUUGUGUGAUGAAGAGGCUGACGGCACAAAAGCUUUGUUUGAUGGAUAAAACACAUCAGGUUAAUGAACGACUCAAACCUUUAGACACUGUCCUUAUUCAAUCUGCCAAACGUCUCCUUUUUAUGAUGUUUUGUUCUGUUGGAUCUUCACCUUGAAUUCAACAAGGUCAGAAAGUUCUUAGAAAUCCCUGCAGAGACACAGUCAGAAACUCGAGACGACAGUUUAAGUCUCUGAUUUUCAAAGACGAGCACUCACAGGUCGUUUUAUUUCUCUGAUUUCGCUGACGUCUGGAAGAAAAGUGGGUUUUUAAACGGCUCCAACAAAAGGCUGAAUGUUUGUGUAAUCUGGAUUUAGACUCUCAAACAAACAAACAUCAAAGGAAAAAGUCGGAGAGAUUCGGACAAUAAAAGAAAAACGUUCCUGCAUGAGGCUUAGUUUACUCGCUAAGUCGGUGCAAAUAUUUCAUCAGUUUAAGCUUUUAGGUUCUGGACCCUAAAAAAUGAGAUUUUUCUGAAAGACUGUUAACUCUUCAGACCAAAAACAGUCUGAGCAGCAUCCUGAUGAACUUCUGAACUUCUUCAAUCCUGCAGAACACGGAGAUCCUGAGAGCUCUGCAGAAAGCAUCCGGACUCUCUCCAGACGCUGAACCGAUCAAACUCCUCUCUGUGCCCAAAGGAGCUCUGGGUAACCGACACCAUCCAUCCAUUCAUUCAUUCAUCCAUACAUAAUGCAUUCAUCCAUCAUCCAUAACCCAUUCAUCUAUUAUCCAACCAUUCAUCAUACAUUUAUCCAUCAUACAUUCAUCCAUUGUACAUUCAUCCGUUCAUCCAUCCAUCAUCCAUAACCCAUUCAUCCAUUCAUCCAUCCAUUCUUCAUCCAUUUAUCCAUCCACCCAUCCAUCAAUUAUCCAUCCAUCCAUCCUUCCAACACCCAUCCAUUACCCAUUCAUCAUUCAUCCAUCCAUCAUCUGUUCAUCGAUCAAUCAUCCAUCCAUAAUGCAGUCAUCCAUCAUCCAUAAGCCAUUCAUCUAUUAUCCAUCCAUUCAUCCAUUCAUCAUACAUUCAUCCAUCAUACAUUCAUCCGUUCAUCCAUUGAUCAUCAAUUCAUCCAUCCAUUAUCCAUUUAUCCAUCCAACAUCCAUUCUUCAUCCAUUCUUCAUCCAUUCAUCCAUCCAUCAUCCAUCCAUCCAUUAUUUGUUCAUCCAUCCAUCUUUUUAUUCGUCCAUCCAACCAUCAAUCAUCCAUCUUCUAUUCAUCCAUCAUUCAUUUAUCUGUUUAUCCAUCCAUCAUCAAUAACCCAUUCAUCCAUUAUCCAUCCAUCCAUCCAAAAUCCAUUGAUUUAUCACCCACCCAUUCAUCCAUCCAUCUAUCAUGUGUUCAUCCAUUCGUCCAUACGUCCAUCAUCCGUUCAUCCAUACAUACAUCCCUCCAUUAUCCAUUCAUCCGUUAUCCAUUCAUCUAUUCAUCCAUCAUCAGUUCAUCCAUACAUCUCUCCCUUAUCCAUCCAUCCAUAAUUUAUCCACCAUGCAUAAUCCAUCUAUCCAUCCAUCAUCCAUUCAUCCAUCCAUCCAUCCAUCAUCCAUCCAUUAUCUUUACCCUUUAUCCCUCCUUGGUUGUGUGGAGAAAACCAACAAUUCUCACUAAAUAACAAACAUGUAUGACGGAUGAUUUUAAACAUCGUAAAACAAAAGUAAAAAACACACAGAGGUGCAAAUAUAUUCCAGCAGCAGAAUUCUCGUUACCACACAGUCGUUAGUUAUUCUGUUUGUUUGCACUAUUUCCUGGUUCAUUUCUCUGUCGUUGCUCUGCAGCUCACUCAUUCGUCCAGCGUCUGCGGCUGCAGGAUCAUGCGAACGGCAGGAGACAGAAGCUGGCCCAGUCCAUCAGCAGGUGGGCUCUCUCAGCUGGUCUUAAGAGUCACAGAACUGAAGAGUCUGAGUUUUUGGUUUAACGGGGUUUGUUCUGGUUCAGGAUGCAGCAGAUGAAGAAAAGUUCCUCCGGUCCUCCACCCAGGUGUCCAGCGAACAUGAACCAGGUACUCUUGCUUUAAUUUCAUGGCUGGUUAUUUAUAAUGUAACAAGCAAAGCGAGAAAGACGGGAACAGAGAGCGUUCAAUUCCAGAGUUCAUGUAAAGCUUGUAAACACACAGGCGAGUGUAAACAGGUGAGUUCGAUACAACCUGAGCCGCGCACAGCUGUCAUGAAUCGAAAACUGAGCUCCACACAGAGAGCUAAACUGGUUUUGUACCAGACUGUAAACAUGUUUAUUUCUGCUGUAAAGUUCAACAUUUUAACAUGGGGCUCUAUGGGGAUUGGCUCACUUUUGGACACAGCCUCUAGUGGAUGUUUGAGGAACUGCAGGUACUUUUCCUGAUAUUUAUAAAUGCUUUACUAAAGGACAGCUGUAGGAUAUCAAUGAAAUUUAUUGGAGUAAUAUAGAAGUGAGGACAAUGGAGCUUUAGUCGACUUUGUACUCGCAGAGAAAAAUGUACACACAGAAUCCUGAUCACACCAGAAAACGUGAAAACUGAGCCUUUGUAAUUAGAAUAAAAUGGUCAGUCAUAAUAGUUAUAAUAAUAAAACUGAUAUUUUGAGAGAAGAAUUCAAAUUAUUAUGAGGAAAAAAAGUUUAUUUACAAGAUCAAAAAGUGAAAUUAUGAAAAAUAAAUUAAAAAAGGUUGAAAUGGGGCGAUAAAAAGUCAUAACUAUAUGUACUGAAGUCAUGAACGUGGGAUAGAUUAUAAAUAUUUAAGGGUAAAUAAAGUUUUAAAUAUUGAAAUAAAUUGAAGAAAUACUGAAAAAACAGAACUUUUUAAUUUCAUAGCUACGACUCACUUUUCCAUUAUUUUGAUUUACAUCCAUUUUAAAACUUUUUAUUUCCUAAUUGUGAUUUCUCAUGUAAUUACAUUAAUCUGAUUUUUUCUUCGACUUUGAUUUGUUUUCCUUUUAUUUUAUCUUUUUAUAUAUUUUUCUUUUUAUCUAAUCAUUAUGAUAAAAAUGAGGCGGUUUCAAUCAUCAGUCUGAUUUAUAAAACUUUAAACCACAUUUGAACAAAUUAAAGUAUCAUCAGCUGUUACUGCCCCCCGACCCCGACUGUCCCCCCUCAGGUGAACCCCGACAGGAGGAGGCUGAGGCGAGGGGAGACGGUGGAGGUCAGCAGCCCCUCUGGAAGCCUGAUGGCAGGACCCCGGCUGAGGGAGCGUCACCUGGGUCGCUGGCACACCCUAGACUCAGGUGAACACACACCUGAGCCGCCUCGGCCCAAACACACCCCCAAAACCUCCAGCCUCCAAGCGUACAGAGCCAAAACCCAGCCUGACCAAGGCGAAGCACACUCCUCGGACUCUAACUGCAGCCAAACCUCACCCUCCUCCUCCCCCAACGCCACAUCACACUCACCUGAAGCCUUCCCCACACACACCUCCAACAACCACUCCACGUCGCAUGACCCCGCCGAGCCAUCAGAGACCUACGGGCAGGGUCUCCGCCCUCUGAACGGGAAGUCAGAGUCGCCCAAAGACCAGAAUGCCACCGAGGCUUUUGAGGCUUUUCAGUCGGAAAGCGAGGACGGAGACUCCAGCUCCACGAUCCAGACUGACGAAGGCCACCAGAGAGACACCAACCAAACCGGAGAGACCAACUACUCCACCGAGAUGGAGAUGUUGUGAGGCAGCACACAGAGAGACUAAACAGACCCCAGAGGUCACUUUCCUCACGUAGAACAAAAACACCAAAUAUUCACUGAGAGCGAGCGGAGGAGGGUAAAAAACAGCUGAUGGGGAAACGAGUUCUUAUUCUGCAUUUCAGAAUAAAGUUCAAGUUUAAGGUUUUAGUUCCAGGUAAAAGAAAAAGUUAAAGUCUUGGUUUUGUUUUUGGUCAGUUAUGACAGAUCUGUCUCUAAUUUUCAGGAGUAAAACUCUUUUUUUCCAAAUUUUUAACUUUUUUUGUAAUUUGAACCAAUUUUCCAACAUUUCGUCUCCCAUUUUUUUUCAUUUAUGACCUUCAUUUCAUAUUUUUAACACCUGAAAUCUGUCGGAUUGGUUCUUUAAAUCCAGAAGGCAGGUUUAGUUCUUGGUAUUUCUAUUUAUUUCCUGAUGAUUUCAGCUUUUUUUUCCAUCUUUAUAUUUUACAUUUGGCCUUUAUUUCCUCUAAAAACUACAAAAUGUUGAUUAUUUCUUAAUUUUUCACUUUAAUUUGAAAUUCUGAUCCAGUUCCCAACAUGUGGACUUUUUGACUUUACUUUGGUUCUUCCACCUUGAGCCUUAACAUUUGAAUUGACAUUUCAGAGUUUUUUUAAUUUAACUUUUUAUGUUUCAGUUUUUAUUUGCGACAUUUUCACAGAUGUAUAAACGGUUAUUUUUGGAAAUUAUCCUGAAAACUUUGGCCUAAACCAACCAAAGUUGCUUUUUCUUGUCCCUUUGACUGUGUUCUUGACAUCUUAAAUGUAUUAUCAAUUCUUUGAAACAUUUUUCAACAUUUGGACUUCAUCUAAUCAUUUUAACUUUAUUCUAGAAAUGCAAAAUAAACAGAAUCCCCCCCAUGACCCCCUCACACUCCUCUGUAGAAACUAGAUGUUUGCCUGAUGUAGAGAGAAAAGCACACGCUCUGAGGUGUUAUGACUCUUAGAUGAAGCUCACCAGCUGCAUGACUCUUUAGAAGAAAACACAAAGUGAAGUCACGUUUUAAAAGCUCAUAUUUCAGUUUUACUCUGAAUUAAAAGAGUUGUCAAAUCUAAGGGGCCGGUACACUCAAGAUCCACAACGGUACUUCAACAGGUGUUCACAGAAUUCUUCUUCUCUCCACGACAAACUGAACGUUCAAAACUGAUAAGAACAACAAACGAAGCAGGUUCAAAGUCAGUGCUCUGUGGUAGACACAGGAGAGGCUGCGAGCUGAGCUACUGCUGCCUUCAUUUACAGUUCAAUCCACUGAAACUUCACACACUUUUAAAAUGUCAGAUUUAACAGCCACAAAAACAUGAAAACUUGUCCCUACACAAAGUUUACAGAUGGGCUUCGGGGGCUGUGAGCUGAGCUGGUGCUGAUGAGAGCUAACAAUAAUUUUGCACCCACUUAAAAAGCUGAGUUUGCUGACUGAAAAUGUUCAAGUCCCUCACCACAGAACAAAAACUCAAACUAAAACUCACGUUAACUUUGGAAGAUAGUUUUGAAAAUAAAUGUCUGCAAUCCCUGAAGUGGUGGGUUGAAGAGGCUGCGAGCUGAGCUGUCAAAAACCGUCCAAGUCCCCCUUUUCAAAACAAUAAUAGUCGUGAAAACCAGUAUCAACAUUUUGAAAGCCUCUAGAUUUAGUAAUUAGGACUCACUGUGAGUCUUUGGGGGGGCUGCGAACUGAGCUGCCACUUUCUUUUCCCUUUACAAAACAAAAAAGGUCCUUUUAAAAGCCACAUCAGAGUUUUAAAAGAUUUUUUUUGUCUUUAAAAGUGCGCAGGUCUUUAAAGCCUGAUGUUUGACUAUGGAGGCUGCAUAGCGAGCUGUCGCUAUCAAAAGAUGACUGAAGGUUCACCAUUAGUUUACUGGAAACAGUGCAGUACCCCCUCUAAAACAUUAGACCCUCAUUUUAAGAGACUUUGUUGUAUUAGUUUUAAUUUCUCAACGGUUUGGAGUGUAGGUUCAGGGGCUGCGAGCUGAGCUGUCACUACCUUUAUCUCUGAAGCAAAAAAAGUCAGAGUAAAAACCAUUUUUUCAGGAACAUUCACUGGUGAAAAAAAAUGUUUAAGUCUCUCUUUGCGGCAUAAAAAAAGUCUCAAAACCCACAUUUGUAACGUUUAAAGAGCGGAUGUAUUCUAAAUUUGCUUUUCUGCCAGGCUCAGUGUGAGGCUUUGGGGGCUGUGAGCUGAGCUGCUGCUAGUUUGUCUCUGUAUUUAACCAAAGUAAUCCACUUGGUUUUAUAAUUCAUCCUAAAAGCAAACGCCACCAGCUGAAAUGGUUGUGUAUGUCAGCUGAGAGCUGGUGCUGCAGAGAAACUCUGAUGAACGUGCUUCUCUAAGAUAAAGCAUGAGACCAGUAAAAGCUGAUAAAGGAGUUUUGUUCCGCACAGAAACCAAAUCCAGUUCAGCUGACGGAAACGAGAACAGCUCGAGAACAAAAGUCCUCACGCUGUUCUGAAAGUGGUGCUGAGGCACAUGGAGGAGGAGGAGCUGUUGUGCUGCAGUUACACAUUCAAUCCAAGUUUUAUCAACAGGAUGUGAGCGUUUCCUUUUUGAUGGCGGAGGUUGCAGCUCCUGAAGAUGGUAAAACGUGUGACUGUCAAAGUGGAGGGUGAUAAUGUUACACCUUUCACCUCCAAAUUCUGCCGGACUCUGCUAUGCAAGAAUCCCAUUUCUGGCUUUUUUUGCUUCCCAGAUUUUCUUCAAAUGAUACAGGAACAAAAUUUCACUAAAAAUGUGAUUUAUACCAGCAGCUGACUGAAACUUUACAUUACUUCUUUUUACUUUUCCUCCUCCUUUUCUCGCUUGAGUUUGAAGCACUUUUUUCUUCAAAUUGUCACAAAAAAGGGAUGCAAACUGAUGUUAAUCUAGUUUUAUGUUGAUUGUUGUCGUUUUAUUUUUCAGUUGGAGUCACCAGAGUGUAGCUCUGAUUUCACCACCAGGCUCCGUCUGAAAAACUGUUUGUUUUGUUCGGUUUUACUUGAAUAGUUCUUAUUUUUUGUUUGAUAGAUAAAAACAGAUUUACAGUUUGGUUAACACAGUAUUACUUCACUUCUACUCAUGUAGGAUUAUUCUUUAAACUGGCGUAAAUUGGUGUGUUGUGUGUUGGAGAGGUUGCAGCUUCCUCGUAAUGUUAGAAAGUGUUUCCUCCAAAUAUAGAUCCAACAGCUGCUGUGGUUUGUUUAGAUUAAAAUUCUGAUAUUUAACAUCACUGCAACUGUUUUUAAAAUCACUCAGAGUUCAUUUAAUUUUUUUUAAGAAUUACCCAAAAUGAUCUGACAUUUUAAAUCAAUCUCUUUUUGUGUUUAAAUAUUUAAAAUUUGAUUCAUGUUGAUUUUGGCGCCCCCUGUGGACAAAAAGAGUACCUCCCCUCUUCUUAGUUAUGCGUAUGUGUGAGCGCUGUUUCCGGACAAAGAAUCUCUUUAUGCUGUGUUUUAAAACUCCUAAAUCUUAAUAAUGUAAAAUGUAAAACAGGAUCGUUUUGGUAUCUUGCGGUGUAUAAAUUUAUCCGGCGCCUUCCCCCUCAGCGUUUUUUUAUAUUCAUUGAAAACACCUUUAUAGAAAUAGCCGAGCUUUUUCCUGAUAGUCUGGUUUGCGUUUGUAUCUCAUAACGAUGCAUAAAUAUUAGUUUUAGCCUUUUUUUUAACCCGAUAAAAACUCCUCAUGAAAAUGUAACUAACUGUCAAAACAGCACAGACUACGAGCGCUGUGAUUGGUCCGCUGGACAGCAUCUUAUUUCGUAUUUGCUACAUUUGAAGUUUUGUCGUAUAUCUAGUACUAUCACCCCGCCUCUUACCUUCUCUGUAAAAGCUGCAGUUCGAUUAACUUCUGCACAGAGCAGGUGAAAGUAGCAGGACCAGUAACUGUUGCAGAAACCGCGCUGCCAUCUAGUGUAGAAGCAGAGUAUUGCAAAGCGACACACCAGAAUGUGAAGCUGUUGAAGUGCGUCGCUACGAUGUAAAGUUCGUACUUCAAAAGGAAAAGUCAUAAAACUCUCCUCCUUCAUGUCUGAUCAGCAUCAGCAAAGAAAUAGUAUGAACCACUUUGUCCACAAGGGGGCGCCAUCAUUGACAUAAGAGUUACUCGCAGAAGCUUUAAAUUACUGGAAUAUUUUGUUGCAGCUCUGGAGACCAUUUAAAAAAGUACUGGAUGUUAGAAUUCAACAAAAGUGAUUAAUUUAGUGGAAUUUAACGCAGAAGAGUCAGGGGGUUUGUUGUAUUUAAGUUUGUCAUAAAGAUUUGUGUGAUUUUGCAUCGAGUGAAUUUAAACAAAAUGAAAUGAUCACUUUUUCUGAGUGAUUUAAAACGGAUGUUGUCAUGGAGAGCCUGUUGGAUGUCAGAUUUCUGGAGACGGUUUUAAAAGUGGAGAAGUUCAAUCAAUCUUAGAAACUCGACUUCACCCUGAUUAUUUUCAUCCAUGUAACUGCGUUUUAAAACAAAUCCUGCAGACUGUGCUGUGAGAGGAUUAUCAACUGUGGCGCCCUCUGCUGGAGGAACUCUGUCAUUACACCACUUUGAGCUCACCUUGACUGUUGUUUUCCGUAAAAAAAAAAAGUUAAUUAUCGUUUAAAAUUACAAAUGUACACCCUGAAACAAACUUAUGUAGAUGUAAGGCCGACACUGGUGCGUUGUUGUGACUGUUAGCAUGAGUUUAAAGUCAGUGUAGGUUGAUUUUUGCAGCAAACUGAUCUGAAAUCUGAACUGUCUGUCUGCAGGUGCAUCAAUCUCAGAAACUGACUGUAUUGUUGUAGAGAUUUCUCAGCGGUGACGUCAAACACAAAAGAGUUUACGAGGAAAAUGAGUCAUGCAAAAUUGCCGUUUUAGUCUUUAAAUAUUCAUGAAUACUCUGAUCCAUCCAACCAUGAUGGAACAGCUGCAGUACUGUAUAACUGUCACCGCCAGGGUUUACUCCACUGUCCAUGAACUGUGUGUGACUGCAGACCGCCUCAGUGAAGAUGAGGCUCCGGUUUAAACUCUUAAACUCUCGGUCUGUCAUGUUUUCUGAUUUUUUUUUCCUCUCUGAUAAUCAGCCGUGUGUUUCCGAUCUCCUCUGAUUCAUGUCGACACGCAGAAACACUCACAGCUUCAGGAAGGCGGCGUCCUGGUGUUUCAGUGUCUAAUUUCAACUGAAAAGAUGUCAAACCCAAUCAGAAGUCUUAAUUAUUUUUGUACCACUGUUUUCUUUCAGGUUGAAUGUGUAAAGAUGAUGUGAAUGUGCCUUAUUUAAUUCCCACACAAAUAACCAAUAAUAAACCUGUCAUUGAGACCAAGCCUGUGACUGUCAGGGUUGUUUUUUUUCAUGUAAUACUGAUGUGGUUUCAUUUUCAUUUUCUUUAUUUUAAUUAUUACAGAUGUCCUGAGAGAAAUCCAAAAGUCUUCAUGGCAUCAUUUUAAUUUUAACAUAUUUAUAAAUAAUCUGAAACCAACAAAAGAGGUCAGAAACAGAAACUUUUUCAAAAGAUUAUCAUUAUUACUACAUCACUUGAAAAUUGUGCUCUAACAUAGACUUAGACUUUCUUUCUUUCUGUCUUUAUUUGAUUUCUCUCUGCAACCAAAAGUCAUUGCUUGGCUUCCAUAUCACAGCUUGAUGGAUUUUAAUUUAAUGUACAAAAAGACAAUAAAAACUAAGGGUUUAUGUUCUUAUUUACACAUAAUAGCUACAGCUGUGGUAUGUUUUUACUACAAUAGCCAGCACCUCACCUUUGUUCUAAGAUUUGGUGUCUGAGACUCACUUCAGUGUGUAAUAUGCUCCAAAGUUGAUAGUCUUUCAUGCAGAAAACACACCGUCAAAAUUUAGAUCUAAAUUUAAAAGCAGGGUCGGUUGAUCAAUAGAGGGCGCCGCACCCUCUGUCUCAACCAUAGACUGUAUAUAUUAUGGACAACUUGGUUCUGCCUUCUGCCAGUAUACAGAUUUGAAGCCGAAAAGUUCUCUGUAAUUCCGUGUUUUUUUUUUUUCCACUUCCUGAAACCAGCGUUGCGCAGUAGCGUUCUAAUCAUUCGGCGGGAGAGUCGCUGUGAUGACGCUCGGCUCAAACAGCGUAUCCUCCAGGUGAGCUACGAUCAUAGAACUCCUAUUUCAGCUUCACUUCAUCGGCUCCUGGUAAGUUUUAGAAUUGAUUUUUAAUAUUCAGAUCCAUCCAAUAACAUCAUUAAUAUUCAUUUGAUUAUUAGUAAGAACUAAACUGAGACAGCUGUUAGAAUAUAGAUUUCUUUAUUGAGUUCAUAUUUCAUAAACGUCGUUACAUCAAUUCUUACACCUGUAUUACUCCUCUUGAAUUUUUCACCCUUCUUUUUUCAUUCAUUGUGAUUUUUCUCUUUGAUUUGAGUUGUAAUGAUUUCUAAAGCAGGUUUGUUGGUUAAGAGGUGACGUUCACUUUCUCUUCUGUUUACAGUCUGCUGCACCGGCUCCAGAUUUUCAUGUUUUCUGUCUUCACUUCUUUCUAAUCCUCCUCUCAGCUUGGCUCUGAUUUUUCUGUGUGUGUGAACCAGCCUGCAGUCUCAUGAGGACAUGACCUUCAUCAGUUUAAACACAGGUAUGAACACCUGUGCAGGUGAAGAAGAGUUUCAGGAGUCUGACUCUGACUGUUCAGACAAACUUUCUGAUCAAUACAGUGAAGAAAAAUGUGCUGAAUGAGGCGGAUUUUUCCCCCAUCGAGACAGAAAUCAGUCCAGUUCAGUGAGCCAGUUUGACAUGGAGUCCUGCUCUUUGAUAACAGACAUUCAGACUGAUGUGACAGGAUACAAACAGUCAGAUAAUCAGCUGAAGUUUGUGUUAGUGCAGAGGGUCAACUGUUCUUCAGCUGCUGUUUGUGUAGAGAGGAGGAGACUCUCCCUCCUACACAGAACACAAACUCACUGAGGAACCAUAAAAGAUCCCAAACCCAGGAUAGAGAGGUUGAGUGAAGGUGGUGUUGAAGGUGUGGAGGUGGAUCAGUGUGUCAGAGGAGACGCUGUAGAAGGACAGAGUACCAGCAGGACAGUCCACAUACACUGCUACUCUGUGAGAGACAGAGGACGAGGGGAGACGGAGGGCUUUUCUAUUGUGAAGAACAGAGUAACCUCGAUCAGAGCAGAACAGACUCCAGGACUGAUCAUUAGAUCCAAACACACAGUCAUCACCUAUUCCUUUCCUUCUGAUUCCUCUGUAACUCACUGAUACAUGAACCUCUCCUCGCCACUCGACCUCCCAGUAACAGUGA